ACCCCUUCGUAAUUAGCCUCUAAUUUCAUCUAAUAAAUAGCAUCUCCUUUGAUUCUCUGAGUCCCACCACACUUCACAAAUACUUCACCGUUGGAGAAAGCUUUUGGUGUUCUUUUCCUCCUCGGAGUUAAAAUUAUGAUCCUAUACGAGUCAAUGAGGUAUUGAUCUCUUCCCAUCAUCCUCCAUUACUUUGACCUUUCUCUCUACUUGGUGUUUGAUCCAACUCAAGUUCUUGACCUUUCUCACCGCAAGCAUCCGCAAAAUCAAAGACCACCACCGACACAGCAGCCCAUCCCUCCAAGAAACCAGAAAGAUUCCCCUCCCCUCCAUACGCAGAAAAAAGAGCUGGAAAGGAACACCAAUACCAAGCAAACCAAAGCUCUUCCCCUCCCCCACCCCCUCACUUGCUUUAUCUUGAACACCAUCGCCACGGGAAUCCUUCCUCGAACCCUAAUACAUUCCCAACCCAAAUCCCAAGAUCACCAAGAGCCUCCGUUUAUCUGGGGCAUUUUCCCACAUUUUCCUGAGAAAAUGUCCCACCUCAACAACAUUCCCUCAACUCCAGGGAAACUCAAGAUGGACAAAUCCAUGUUCAUUCACAGACAUCGCUGGCACUCAUCGCUUACCAAGCUCACCUUCUGGUCCUUUGUGUUCUUGGGCUUGAUCUUGCUCUUCUUCUUCCGAACCCCUUCACCUUCUUCUUUACCGUCCGAUCCUUCUCGCCGCUCCUCCCGGACCUACAACUGGGGCGGACCCGCCUGGGAAAAACGGGCCCGCUCUUCCGCCCGAGUUCGCUCCCGUAACGGCAUAUCGGUGCUCGUCACGGGAGCUGCUGGGUUCGUCGGAACCCAUGUCUCCACUGCUCUCAAGCGCCGUGGAGACGGCGUGCUCGGUCUCGAUAAUUUCAACAACUAUUACGAUUCCUCAUUGAAACGAGCACGCCAAGUGCAUUUGGAGCGCACCGGCGUGUUCAUUGUUGAAGGAGACAUCAAUGAUUCAGCGCUAUUGAGUAAGCUUUUCGAAGUUGUGGCAUUUACUCAUGUGAUGCAUUUGGCUGCUCAAGCUGGAGUGAGGUAUGCCAUGGAAAAUCCUAGCUCUUACGUGCAUAGUAACAUUGCUGGCCUUGUUAAUCUUUUAGAGGUUUGUAAAUCCGCUAACCCACAACCCGCGAUAGUGUGGGCAUCGUCCAGUUCGGUUUAUGGACUUAAUACUAAGGUGCCAUUUUCGGAAAGAGACCGAACUGACCAGCCUGCUAGCCUGUAUGCGGCUACUAAGAAGGCCGGUGAAGAAAUCGCACAUACUUACAAUCAUAUCUAUGGCCUUUCGCUUACUGGGUUGAGAUUUUUCACGGUUUAUGGUCCGUGGGGGAGACCGGAUAUGGCGUACUUCUUUUUCACGAGGGAUAUAUUGAGGGGGAAGCCAAUUCCGAUCUUUGAAGCGCCUAAUCAUGGCACGGUCGCUAGGGACUUUACCUAUAUCGAUGACAUUGUGAAAGGGUGUUUAGCAGCAUUGGAUACCGCGGAGAAGAGCACUGGGAGUGGUGGGAAGAAGAGGGGCCCGGCUCAAUUGCGGAUUUUCAAUUUGGGGAAUACUUCACCUGUGCCGGUUUCAGAUCUUGUGAGCAUUUUGGAGCGGCUCUUGAAAGUGAAGGCCAAGAGACAUAGUAUGAAGCUGCCACGAAAUGGGGAUGUUCAGUUUACUCACGCCAAUAUCAGCCUGGCUCAAAGGGAACUUGGUUAUAAGCCCACUACAGAUCUGCAGACAGGUUUGAAGAAGUUUGUGAGAUGGUAUCUCAAUUAUCAUUCUGGUGGUAAAAUGGCCACCGGCUGACAAAUUCUUUUGAUUGUGGUAGGAUCCUUUAAUUCUGUUCAUCAUGAUUCUUAUGAUUGUUUUUUAGCAUUUCAAUGUUCGGCGUACGAUUAUCUUCUUUUUGUAAAUCUUAAUGAUGCCAUAUAAUGAGGAACCUAGUGUCCUACAUUGAGAAGUUUUGUGGCUGGGGUACAUUGUUUGCUGGGACUCCUAAGCUGUAUCAAAGAAAAUUAGGACCAUCUUUUUCUUCUCGCCUAGGUAAUUUCUGUAGCUUCGGCAUUGUAGAAUUCAUGGCUGAUAGAGCAUAUGCUGAUUAGCAGACAUGUAUAAUUUUUUGUGCAAUUUAAUAAGAUUCACACGAUAGUUUGAACUUUAUUUAAUGU